AUGUUAGCCGAACUAAGGCUGAAGAAAGACCGAGUACAUGAAGAGGCGAAGAGAUUAUUUGCUGAUUGGAAGCCUGUAGUGAACAAAAUGUUGGAGACUUAUCUCACUCUUGAUCCGGGCUUUUCGGAUGCUCAAAAUUAUGCUUUAUUUGAUUCAAAUCUUCCCAUAUAUCUUUUAGGCGAGAAAUUUACAUCGAGAGGAGAUAUGGCACGCGUAAAGGAAUUUAUGGCAUCGUUGUUAUGGUUUACAUAUCGUAAAAAUUUUCAACCCAUUGGUGGUACUGGGCCAACAACUGAUCAAGGUUGGGGAUGUAUGCUGAGAUGUGGUCAAAUGUUAUUGGCUCGGGUGUUAAUAGUGCGACAUCUGGGUCGUAAUUGGCUUUGGGACCGAGAUGUCAUGUUGACAGAAUACAAACGUAUUCUGCGUAUGUUUCAGGAUAAGAAAAACUGCCUUUUUUCAAUACAUCAGAUAGCAAAUAUGGGAGUAUCUGAAGGCAAAGAAAUUGGAGAAUGGUUUGGUCCGAACACGGCUGCUCAGGUUUUGAAAAAAUUGGUCAUAUACGAUCAAUGGUCACGACUAACAGUACAUGUAGCUCUUGACAAUGUACUGAUUACAAGUGAUAUACGCACUAUGGCUUUUACUAGACCUCCUUACCGAAGAUCUCGGCGUGAGACAGAAAGUGAUUAUAAUGAUAAUCUCGGUACUAUUGACCCUACUGAAGCGGAAAUAUUACCGAAAUCAACUCGAUCUCCAACACGAAGUGAAACUUCGUCGAUAAGCAGUUACAGUGGUGUCAGCGAAGAAUGGCGACCAUUGCUGAUCAUCAUUCCACUUAGGCUUGGCUUAAAUACAAUAAACCGUUGUUACUUUCCUGCUAUUCAGGCAUUUUUUGAAUUGCCACAAUGUGUUGGCAUUAUUGGCGGUCGACCCAAUCAUGCGCUUUACUUUUGUGGCAUUGUGGAUAACAAUUUGCUUUAUCUCGACCCUCAUUUCUGUCAGAAUUUCGUGGAUUUAGAUGAAGCUACGACAACAAAAGAUGAACGUGGUGAUUAUGUUGAGAUCAAAAAUGAUGAAUUCAGAGACAGCACCUAUCACUGUCCAUUUAUUCUGAGUACAAAGAUCGACAAGGUGGAUCCAUCGCUGGCACUUGGCUUUUUUUGUCAUACCGAAGAUGAUUACAGCGAGCUAGCAAACCGGCUACGGACACAUUUGCUACCAGCUUCAACACCACCUUUGUUUGAAAUGCUUGAAACAAGGCCGAAAAAUUUUCCACCAUUUAUACCGUAUGUUGGAGAAAAUACAAAACUACGAGACUAUAUGGAUCUCGGUGAAGUGAAUGACAGUUAUGAUGAAUUCGAACUGCUUGAAUAG